AUGUCUUCAGAGGAUGAGGAACUCGAAGCUAUAAAAGCCCAUAUAUUUCGAUGGGUGGACGAAGCCAAGUACAACAUGAAGAUAUGGAUGAUGAUGGCACUGAUAAAAACAAUAAUCACAAUUAUCAACCACAUGAAGAUAUGGGAGUCCUUUAAGUUUGAUAUGAAACCCCAUUCCUUUUUGUGGGCCAGCCAAGGUCAGAGAAAAAAAGAAGUAGAUGAUGAUGUCGAAGAUGAUGAUGACCACAAAGAUGAUAAACGACCUUUAGAUUUGAGAAACCCUUCCACUAGAUGGGGGAACCAAGACGACGACGAUUUUGAUCAAUUUGAUGACGUGGAUUUUGACCACGAGAACAAAGGGUACUCCUCAGAUGAAGAAAACUUUUACCCCAGGCUUUAUGAUGACAUUGAUCGGUACCAAAAAGCCUUAUUUUUAUAUGAAGAUCAAGAUUUCGUGAAGAAAAAAGUAAUUGCUUCUUCACACUGCAAAAUGAUAACAUUAAAUAUUUGUACAUUUCGCUUCCAAGUGUUUUUAAGAUUUCCAAGUGUUUGUCAGAUUCUGAUUUUUUAA